AUGCACCGCUACUGGCAGCAUCUACAACCAGCCUCCCUUCAGCCCAGACAUACACCAAGGGAGCCAGGGGCAAUACAGAGAGAUGCUCAAACGGGUUCAGACACCAAGAUUUAAGUUAGAUGUGAGUACUCUUAAGUACCACUUCUCAGUUCAUGUACAGGUGGUAUGCCUUAGCUUUUCAAGAUUUCAGUUUGAAUGAAAUACACUGAAAAAAAAUAUAAACGCAACAUGUAAAGUGUUGGUCCCAUGUUUCAUGAGCUAAAAUAAAAGAUCCCAAAAAUUGUCCAAAUGCACAGAAAGCAUAUUUUGUGCACAAAUUAGUGAGCAUUUCACCUUUGCCAAGAUAAUCCACCCACCUGACAGGUGUGGCAUAUCAAGAAGCUGAUUAAACAACAUGAUCAUUACACAUGUGCACCUUGUAAUGGGGACAAUUAAAGGCCACUCUAAAAUGUGCAGUUUUGUCACACAACACAAUGCCACAGAUGUCUCAAGUUUUGAGGAAGAGUGCAAUUGGCAUGCUGACUGCAGGAAUGUCCACCAGAGCUGUUGCCAGAUAAUUGAAUGUUUAUUUCUCUACCAUAAGCCACCUCCAACGUCAUUUUAGAGAAUUUGGCAGUACAUUCAACCGGCCUCACAACCACAGACCACGUGUGUGGCGUCAUGUGGGUGAGUGGUUUGCUGAUGUCAACAUUGUGAACAGUGUGCCCCAUGAUGGCGGUGGGGUUAUGGGAUGGGCAGGCAUUAGCUACGGACAACGAACACAAUUGCAUUUUAUCUAUGGCAAUUUGAAUGCACAAAAAUACAGUGACGAGAUCCUGAGAUCCAUUGUGAGGCCAAUUUGUUUUAAGGUAUCUGUGACCAACAGAUGCAUAUCUGUAUUCCCAGUCAUGUGAAAUCCAUAGGGCCUAAUUUAUUUAUUUCAAACGACUGAUUUCCUCAUAUGAACUGUAACUCAGUAAAAUCAAUGAAAAUGUUGCAUGUUGCGUUUAUAUUUUUGUUCAGUAUACAUUUUACUAAACUGAAGUCAAGGGCACACUAUGGAUCAACAUUGAGUGACAUGGACUCUCUCUUCCCUAGCCCCGAAUCAGCUGUACUCAGUGCCCCUGACAGACAGCCAGCAGUGUGGAUGAUGGAUGCCUAAUGGAGGCCAAGGAAAGAUGCAUGAACCCUGGACCCAAGUCAGACGAUUCCCCCGCAAGAACAGUGAGAUGACCAAGUGAGUGUCAUGUCUGAUUCUAACAUUUGUUUCUUGAAGUCAGAUGUGUCAGUGGCCUACUCACCCUCUGCCUACUGUUUUUCCUCAGGUUUGUGAAAGAGAUGUCAAUGACAGACCGAGAGUUCAGCUUAUUCUGAUUUCCACUACUGCA